AUGAUCCCGCCAUCGCACCACUCAGAAACCCCAGAACAUGGGACGCGUAUCGUGUCCAGGCCAUACGACGUGGCCAUGCACCUCGACGAAUGGAUGAUACGGGCGUACGGCUGCAUCGGGUCUCGCGCCAGUCAAACUACCGUGCUAGUUUUUCUUCUUUACAGUGCUCGAUUGACGAGCAAUCUCCUAGAAACCAUCGCCGAGGGUGCUAUGACUGUCAAGUCAGCCCCGUCUCUGAAAGGACGCAGGUGUGCCCAUCUCGCUCGGACGGCAGGACGAUUAGGUACUUUUGCCCUUUCGCUAGCCCAAUGCUCAAGACAAGCACUGGGUACGAUUGCUCAAGCUCUUGCCUUUGGGAGGCUCUGGGGCUUGCUCGGGGUCUACUUUUCUUUGAAGCAACUCGUCCAACCCAGGGCGUCGCCAAAUCUCAGCGGCGACCAGAAGAAACGGCCUUAUUUGGAAAAUAUAUUCAAAACUGCCCAGUUGAUUUUCCUGACCUGCUACUUCGCCGCCGAUAAUGUGAGCUUUUUAUCUGGUCGUAAGAUCCUGGCUAUCCCACCAUCUACCAGGAAGUCGCUGUCCCGCUGGUCCUUGCGCUCGUACGCGCUGUGUAUAGCUGUAGACAUUGCACGUCUAAUAACACAGCGGUUGAGGAUAGGAGGGGAAACCGCGCCGGGGAGCUGGAGGAAUCAGUUCCUGACAACCUUGGCCAUGUUCUCCAUCGCCUUGCAUAAUAGUAUCGACAACAGUCCGCUAAAUGAUAUCACGAUUUCGCUUCUAGGGUUUUAUCAGAGUGGAUCACGGAUGAAGAAUCUUUGGCAUGACAGUUCUCCGCAAGUUGGGACGCAAGAGAAGGACCAAGAGAAAUUGGCAGCUGUGAAAGCCCCUUAG